CGCCCGCCCGUCCCCAUGGCAACGCGGGGCGGCACUUCCGGGGUCCCGCGCGGGGCAUGGCGGGAGCCGCACGUGGGCGCCGGCGGAAGCCGCGCGGGGCGACCGGGAUCGGGAUCGGGAUCGGGAACGGGAUCGGGAUCGGGAUCGGGAUCGGGAUCGGGAACGGGGACGGGAUCGGGAUCGGGGAGGGGAACGGGGCCACUGGGACCGCCACCGUGCACCGGCACCACCGGGACGGACACCCCGCGACCGCCGGCCCCGCAGCCGCCCCGCGCCAGUGGAGCCAAAAGGCUGGAAUUAGGAAGGCAGCAGAUGGAACACACGGUGGCUGAUCCAUACCUGGUGAGACUGAAGCACCUGAAGCUGCAGAGGCACCUGGCAGCGGUGUCGGCGCGGCAGCAGCUGGCCCUGCGCCGGAACCGGGCCCUGCGCCGGGAGUUCCUGCAGCUGGAGGCUCACAUGGAAACCACGGGCUGGGAGAGCAUCCGGAAGAUGGAAGAAUGGUACGGAAGGGAAAUUAAAAACCUGUUAUCCCUUCAAGAGGGCAGCUUGUCAGCAGGAGGUGACAAGGAGGAAGGAUCCAGCGAGCAGGUGCUGCAGACUGGAGAGCAGGCGGGAAUUGGCACCAGUACGGCCAAGCCAGGAGAACUGGGCCUUCCAGCAGCAGCCUUGCUGGGCUGCCCCACAUCGGCCGCCUCGGCCACGGGAGGCUUGGGCUCCCAGCAGGACCCGCCUGAGCGCUCCACGUCCCCUGAGGGGCUCGGUCCCGAGGCCGGCAGCGCUGCUGGAGAGGGUGAGGAGGGAGCAGCGGGACAUGGGGACCUGGCUGCCGGUGAGGAAGGCUCCGAGCAGCUCAUCUCAGCUUCUGGCGCCGGAGCAGCGCCCCGCAGGCAGGGACAGCGGCAGGGAAGUGUCCCAGGGGCAAAGCCUGGCCUGAGCAGCUGGCGGGCUCACAGGGAGGGGAGCAGUGCCGAGCUCCCGGUCCCUGCUGGUGCCGAGGAGGAGGCGAAGCCGAGCGUUCCCGACACGCGGCAGGAGCAGGAUGGGGAUGCCCAGACUCCGGAGGGCUCCCUGCUGCCACCCCUGAGCCCUCCUGCAGCCCAGGAGGAGCCCUUGGACAGCUCAGCACCACACAGGCCCGGCGGGAUGCUGGCCGAGCUCUCGGAGCUCUGCCGUGCGCUGCAGCUCCUGGAGGACCUGGUGGAGACGACGAGCCCCCAGCACCGCGCGCUGUACCAGGGCCAGCCCUCGGGGACAGCGGAGCUGCCCAGUGCUCACGGUGAGGUCGGCGAGCUGACUCAGGGCGACCUCGAGGUGAUCGAGGCCGUGGUGCUCCGGCAGCUCCUGCUCGUGUCCCGGCGCACGCGGAGCGGGAGCCUCCCGCUGGAGAACACCGGCGGGGCCGCGGGCAGAGCGGGGCACGAGGAGCACACCAGGGACACGGACGCGCUGCGGACUCGCCUGAGCCACCACGGCUUGUUCCUGAAGCAGCGCCAGGUUCGGCUCCCGGAGCGGGUGGCAGAGAUGUUUGAGCAGCUGCUGGCUUCGGGAGAGGAGGCACAGGACGGCCAGUCUCAGGUGGUGCUGGGAGAGGCCCUUCUGGGAGAGCGGCGUCGGGAUGGGUCACCUGUCCAGAGCGAUGAAUCCUCGCGCAGCCUGCCAUUGAUCCCGACCAACGGCGGGGAAGGAAAGCAGCUGGAAAGCAGAGAACCAGGCUGGGAUCGCAGCCACAACAGUCCCAAAGGAAGUGACAGCCUGGAAGCGCAUUCGGGAAGCAGCUCCUUGUCGGAUGGAAGUGCUCCUCCCUUCUCCAGGACUGAAUUGCGGAAGGAACCAGUAACUGUCAUAAGAUCCAAAGCGUUCUGGGGCGAGUCUGAUGACAGCAGCUCCGAGCUUGAGGCUGCUCUGCGCCCACAGACCCACAGCACAGGUUCAGACGACUUUGGUGACUUCUACGAUUGAGAUUCUGGCACUGGCUCUUGGGAAGAAACAAACUCUUCUUUUCUUUUACACGGUGAGCGUGCCGCGGGCCGAAGCGCUGCUCGUCCCUUCAUUGGCAAAGAAAAUUAAAUACCAAAUAAACAUGAUGGGUCCCAUA